AUGUCAAACUAUUCACAGUUCUAUAUACCAGCUGUAGCAUUUCUGGCUGGUGUAAUAGCUACUAUUGGCUUGAGGGAUAUCUAUUACUGCUCGUCUAGCCAGCAGAAACAACGUGACACAGACUGCAACCAGAGUAAAACAGCUGGAUUUUCCCUCAACCACGGGCCCCCUCCGAUUUCCAAUGGCAUUGAAGGCUGCAUUGGUAAUACGCCACUUAUUCGCAUAAAAUCUUUGUCUGAGGCAACAGGCUGUGAUAUAUUGGCAAAAGCUGAGUUCCUCAAUGGUGCUGGAGGCAGUCCAAAGGACCGCGUGGCUUUAAGUAUGAUACAAGCGGCCGAAAGACAAGGGCUCUUGAUUCCAUAUUCCGGGUAUGCAAUUUACGAAGGUACUGUGGGAUCUACUGGCAUAUCUCUAGCAACUUUGGCCAGAGCGAAAGGGUACUUAGCACACAUUUGCAUGCCUUCGGAUCAAUCAGCGGAGAAAUCGAACCUGCUCUUGAAACUAGGGGCCGUGGUCGAUAAAGUACCCCCGGCCCCAAUUGUAGAAGUGGGUCACUUCGUAAACAGGGCCCGAUGUCUGUCGAGAUCUUAUAGCUCAGCCUCCACGCCGUAUUCUUUUGACUCCAUAUCUCGAAAGUCAGAGAUCUCCAACUACGAAUCGGCGGCAUCCAUGGCAGCAGACAAGUCCAGCCAUGGUUUUUUUGCUGAUCAGUUUGAAAAUCCCGCAAACUGGCAGGCUCAUUUUCAAACAACUGGGCCCGAAAUUUUUGAGCAAUGCGAGGGGAAGCUGGAUGCGUUUGUGUCGGGUGCUGGAACUGGAGGUACAAUUUCCGGAGUUGCGCUUUAUCUGAAACCUCGACUUCCAGCCAUGACUGUCGUUCUUGCAGACCCGCAAGGCAGUGGACUGUUUAAUCGGAUACAAUUUGGGGUGAUGUUUGACACUAUGGAGAAAGAAGGAACGAGAAGGAGACAACAAGUCGAUACAGUAGUUGAAGGGAUAGGUAUAAAUCGGAUAACUUCGAAUCUCGAAGCGGGGCGGGAGUUAAUCGACGAUGCCAUUAGAGUCACCGAUGCACAAGCUAUAGCUAUGGCAAGAUGGUUGGUGGAGAAAGAUGGGAUUUUUGUGGGGAGCAGCAGCGCUGUGAAUUGCUUUGCGGCAGUCAAAACAGCUAUCAAACUGGGCCCUGGCCAUAGAAUAGCAACAAUUUUGUGUGACUCCGGAACCCGGCAUCUGUCCAAAUUUUGGGAAAGUGCUGGUAAUGUGGAAGGUGCCAUGAAUACCAAGCUCGAGGACGUUUUGACGGCAACUGCUGCUGAGAGUGACACUUAA